GUCAUUCUGCAAAAGCUGCCCAUCGCAAGCUUUCCUCUCAGAAGCACUGCUCUUCUUUUUUAGAAAGCCUGAAUCUCCGUGGUGUCUCUGGAGACAAGAAGCCUUCAGUAUGUUAAAUUACUUUCAUUAUGUAUUUUCAGAUGCUUAUUGAUUCUACCGUAGGAAGAGUGGGAGACUGCAGCAGCCUGUAAACCAGAACUAAAGCAAUUGUAUACAUGAGCAGUAUGCUGAAACAAUGGCACAGUACAGGCACAAAUUUUCAUUAAGGUCAUUUUUUGAAGAUAUGCUUAUUACCCUGUUUCCCUUCUACUCUGCUAACAAGUGAACAAAAUGAAUCCCUCCAACCUGGAACUGCUUCACCUGCAUCGAGAAUUUACCAAAUCUUUAGUGGAGGGCAUGCAGCAACUAAUUCAGUUUUACUACUGACAAUAUGAAGAAUGCAGUUGACCGGGUAUCUUUGUAGCUGUAUGACCUACGAGCAGCAGGAUGCAUCCCUAAAAUGUAUUCUUAGGACAUAAAGGAAUUAAAAACAAAACAUGGAACACACUUGCAUUACCAUUUCCGUGCAUGACACUUCAACAAUAUACAUGGAAGACUAACACAUCUGCUCAGAUUUUCAUUAAAAGAAGAGUGCAAUGAUUGAUUCUUAAAAUGGUGAGCAUUUCUUAAAGAGGGAUUUAUAAUUUAAAACCAGAAUUGUGGAAACUACUGAUGCAUGAAGAGACAAUGAAACAUGAAAUCCCAAAAGGAGAAUAUGCAUACUUCAUCAGCAAGCUGAAUAAAGGUUUAACCAAGCUUUUUCUAUACUACUCAUUAAAUAACUUACUUGUCAUAAUGACUAAUGGAUAUUUUUCUCUCAAUUUUAUGAUGUUAUGUAUUCUCCUUAAAUCAAAAUAAACCAAAUUAGGUAACCCAUGGUUACUCUCAAAGCACAUGAACUGGAUUUUAUGAUGUAUAGCAACUUCUUUCACUAAGCCAUCACUCAAAAGUAAUGAGCAGGAAUAUCACAGAAAGAAAUACGCAACCAUAAACUAAGGAUGUCUACACACACUCUGAAAACUGAAAUCAGAAAAUACUAUUCUCUAAACCUGGAAAAUAAAAACAGGCUUCUACAAAAUGCAUCAGGGGAACGAAAUUAACAUCACUUAAAAGAAGGUUUAUUUGUUAUUGCCGGCUUGAAACUCAGAACAGACACAGAAUAUGCCCUGGUCUGUAGAAGUAUCUGAGGCAAUUAAGCAGUCCCCAUGUUUAAUCAGAACUUUUUGCUGCUGAACUGCAGGAACAAAAAAAAGGAAAACAAAAAAACCUGCAAGAAAUGAAAUAAGAGCUCAGCUACCACUUGAUUUCCAGGGCACAGUGGGUGUCAGAAACCUCUCAGUGACAGCAUGUGCCGGUUUGUGCCCAGCUGCUGCCACGCUGUGCCAGGCCCCUGAGGCACAGGAACAGGAGAAAAACCAGCUGCAACAAAAGAAUGUGUUUGUCCCCCAUUCUGGAAGUCAACAUGCAGUCCGAAUCUAACAUUACAGUUCGAGAUGCCAUUGAUGACAUCGAUACCAACAUGUACCAACCACUGUCAUAUCCAUUAAGCUUUCAAGUUUCUCUCACUGGAUUUUUGAUGUUAGAAAUUGUUUUGGGACUUGGCAGCAACCUCACCGUUCUGGUACUUUACUGUAUGAAAUCCAACUUAAUCAAUUCUGUCAGUAACAUAAUUACAAUGAACCUUCAUGUACUUGAUGUAAUAAUUUGUGUGGGAUGUAUUCCUCUAACUAUAGUUAUCCUUCUGCUUUCACUGGAGAGUAACACUGCUCUCAUCUGCUGCUUCCAUGAGGCUUGUGUCUCUUUUGCAAGUGUUUCCACUGCAAUCAACGUCUUCGCUAUCACGCUGGACCGAUACGACAUCUCUGUAAAACCUGCUAAUCGAAUCCUGACCAUGGGAAGGGCUGUGAUAUUAAUGACAUCAAUAUGGAUCAUUUCACUGUUUUCCUUCCUGAUUCCUUUCAUUGAAGUCAACUUCUUCAGUCUCCAAAGCGCAAGCACUUGGGAAAAUAAGACACUUCUGUGCGUGAGUACAAACGAGUACCACACUGAGCUAGGAAUGUACUACCACAUUCUCGUUCAGAUCCCAAUAUUUUUCUUCACUGUUGUAGUAAUGCUAAUUACAUACACCAAAAUACUCCAGGCCCUAAAUAUUCGGAUUGGUACAAGAUUUACAACAGGACAAAAGAAGAAAAACAGAAAGAAAAAAACCAUUUCUUUGACCACGCAGCAUGAGACUACGGAUAUGUCCCACAGCAGCGCAGGAAAAAACGUCGUCUUUGGCGUAAGGACUUCCGUGUCCGUCAUAAUUGCCCUGCGCCGAGCUGUGAAACGGCACCGGGAGCGGCGAGAACGGCAGAAGAGAGUCUUCAGAAUGUCCCUUCUGAUCAUCUCCACCUUCCUUCUCUGCUGGACACCCAUCUCUGUUUUAAACACCACUAUCUUAUGUUUGGGCCCAAGUGACCUUUUGGUAAAGUUGAGAUUAUGUUUUCUAGUAAUGGCAUAUGGAACAACAAUAUUUCACCCUCUACUUUACGCAUUCACGAGGCAAAAGUUUCAGAAAGUUCUGAAAAGUAAGAUGAAAAAGCGAGUUGUUUCAAUAGUGGAAGCAGAUCCCAUGCCAAAUAACGCUGUAAUACACAACUCAUGGAUAGAGCCUAAAAGGAACAAAAAGAUUACCUUUGAAGACAGCGAAGUAAGACAGAAAUGUUUAGUACCUCAGGUUGUCACUGACUAGAUUUCAGUAUUCACCAAAACACAUCAAACGGAAUAUUUGAACAAAUUGUAAAAAAAAAAUACUGCCAAAUAAGAAAAACUUUUUUAACUAUUGGCAAGACUGUAUAUUUUCAAUAUAUAUGUUAAAUAGAGUAGGUCUUGUAUAUUCAAUUUCUUCAUUAUGUAAGAUAUAUGUUGCAUGGCUGUUUGUUAGCGUAACACCAUGUGUAUAUUUGUCAAAAAUAUUCAACUCCUCUUUUUUUAGAAAAUAAAUAGCCUUAAAGAAGUGCAAACUUUUAAAAAUA